AUGUCAGACAAGCUCAAGGAACGCAAAAGAACCCCCGUUUCCCACAAAGUGAUAGAAAAACGGAGGAGGGACCGGAUUAACCGCUGCUUGAACGAGCUGGGCAAGACCGUGCCCAUGGCCCUGGCGAAGCAGAGUUCCGGGAAGCUGGAGAAGGCGGAGAUCCUCGAGAUGACCGUUCAGUACCUGAGGGCCCUGCACUCCGCUGAUUUUCCCCGAGGAAGGGAAAAAGCAGAACUGCUAGCGGAGUUUGCCAACUAUUUCCACUACGGCUACCACGAAUGCAUGAAGAACCUGGUGCAUUACCUCACCACCGUGGAGCGGAUGGAGACCAAGGACACCAAGUACGCGCGCAUCCUCGCCUUCUUGCAGUCCAAGGCCCGCUUGGGCGCCGAGCCCGCCUUCCAGCCGCUAGGUUCGCUCCCGGAGCCCGAUUUUUCCUAUCAGCUACACCCAGCGGGGCCCGAGCUCGCGGGCCACAGCCCCGGGGAGGCCUCCGUUUUCCCGCAGGGCGCUGCCCCCGGGCCCUUCCCCUGGCCGCACGGCACGGCCCGCAGCCCGGCGCUGCCCUACCUGCCCAGCGCGCCGGUGCCGCUCCCGAGCCCCGCGCAACCGCACAGCCCCUUCCUGGCGCCCGUGCAGGGGCUGGACCGGCACUACCUCAACCUGAUCGGCCACGCCCACCCCAACGCCCUCAACCUGCACCCCUCCCAGCACCCCCCGGUGCUCUGA